AAAUGGAAAAGGAAUACUAUGAAAGCAGGAAAGGGAGGGAUGAAUCGGAUGAGGAUAAAAUAUAGGGAACCUUGACGAAAUUUUGUAAUAAGAAAAUCUCUGGAAAUUGAGGAACUCCUUUUUAAUAGCCGACAACGAGAGGGCAAUUGGAUUCUUCACCGGUCGCUGAAACGGCUCUUCUCACCGCCGCCGGCCUACUUUUGGACACCGCUCGUUUAAUCAUCUGUUGCCGCUGCCGUAAGUAAAUUUUUUAUAUGUUAGGAGAACAAAACAUGGAGGAAGACGAUGACUAUGUGGAGUAUGUUCCGGUGGCGAAGCGCCGAGCAAUAGAAGCGCAAAAGAUACUUCAAAGAAAGGGAAAGUUGUCUGCUUUAGAAGAUGAACUCGAGAAAUCCAAACUUGCUGAAGCCAAACCGAGUCUACUCGUCAAGGUUUCCCAGCUUAAGCGUGAUCAACCUGAAAUCAGUCCAACUGAGCAGAUCGUGCAACAGGAGAAAGAGAUGAUAGAGCAUUUAUCGGAUAGGAAAACUCUAAUGUCUGUUCGUGAAUUGGCUAAGGGAAUCACGUAUACUGAGCCCUUAUUGACUGGAUGGAAGCCCCCGCUUCAGAUUAGAAGGAUGUCCAGAAAGCAGUGUGAUGCGAUUAGGAAACAAUGGCACAUUAUAGUUGAUGGGGAAGACAUCCCUCCACCAAUAAAGAAUUUUAAAGACAUGAGGUUUCCUGAACCUGUUCUGAAGAAGUUAAAAGCCAAAGGUAUUGUGCAGCCUACUCCUAUCCAGGUGCAGGGGCUUCCAGUGAUCUUAUCUGGAAGGGAUAUGAUUGGGAUUGCUUUUACGGGCUCUGGAAAGACGCUAGUUUUUGUGCUUCCCAUGAUUAUGAUUGCUUUACAAGAGGAGAUUAUGAUGCCCAUCGCCCCAGGAGAAGGACCCUUUGGCUUGAUCAUUUGUCCAUCGAGAGAGCUUGCUAGACAAACUUAUGAAGUGGUGGAACAGUUUUUAAUUCCUAUGAAAGAGGCUGGGUAUCCAGAAUUGAGGCCGUUACUCUGCAUUGGUGGAGUGGAUAUGAGGUCACAGUUGGAGAUUGUGAAGAAAGGUGUGCAUAUCGUUGUUGCAACUCCUGGAAGGUUGAAAGACAUGCUAGCAAAGAAGAAAAUGAGUUUGGAUAACUGCAGGUAUUUGACAUUGGAUGAGGCUGAUAGAUUGGUAGACUUGGGCUUUGAGGAUGACAUAAGGGAAGUUUUUGACCACUUUAAAGCUCAAAGGCAAACUCUUCUAUUCUCUGCCACCAUGCCAACCAAAAUUCAGAACUUUGCCAGGAGUGCUCUAGUGAAGCCUGUUACUGUUAAUGUUGGAAGAGCAGGAGCUGCAAACCUUGAUGUGAUCCAGGAGGUUGAGUAUGUCAAGCAGGAGGCAAAGAUUGUUUACCUUCUCGAGUGUUUACAAAAGACACCACCUCCUGUUUUAAUAUUUUGUGAGAACAAGGCUGAUGUGGAUGACAUUCAUGAAUAUCUCCUCCUUAAGGGUGUUGAGGCUGUAGCUAUUCAUGGAGGCAAAGACCAAGAAGAAAGAGAGUACGCAAUUUCAUCCUUCAAAGCAGGCAAGAAAGAUGUCUUGGUUGCAACUGAUGUUGCCUCAAAGGGUUUGGAUUUUCCAGAUAUCCAACAUGUAAUAAACUAUGAUAUGCCUGCGGAAAUUGAAAAUUAUGUCCAUAGGAUUGGACGAACAGGAAGGUGUGGUAAAACAGGAAUUGCUACAACAUUCAUAAACAAAAACCAGAGUGAGACAACAUUGCUCGACUUAAAGCACCUAUUGCAAGAAGCAAAACAAAGGAUCCCUCCAGUUUUGGCCGAGUUGAAUGAUCCAAUGGAAGAUGGUGACACGAUUACUAAUGCAAGUGGAGUUAAGGGCUGUGCUUACUGUGGUGGGCUAGGUCACCGCAUUCGAGAUUGUCCCAAGUUGGAGCAUCAGAGAUCCCAGCAACUUGCUAACUCAAGAAGGGAUUAUUUUGGUUCUGGAGGGUACAGGGGUGAAAUCUGAUAUCUACAAUUGGUUAGGUAUGCAAGAGUUUACCUUGGUUGUAUUGAGUUUUCUAUGUAACACUAUUUAUCAAGUACGUAAUAGGGAUGUUUUUAUCCAGUUUUAUGGAAUACAUGAAUGUAACAUAGGAUAAGUGUUGUUGGAA